GUUAAUGGCCAGCAGAUCUCGAAGAUCAAGCAGGGUCUCUGUGUGCUGAUCGGUCUGUCUGUGGAUGAUACUUCUGCAGAUCUUGAUUUUAUGGUCCGCAAACUGCUCAGUGUCCGAGUGUUCGAUUCCACUCAGAUUGCUUCGAUGCCAGCAGGAGCAUCAUCGGCUAUUGGAUCGCAGGAUUCAGCGACGGGAAUUGAGCCGCCAAAGAUGUGGGCCAAGAGCGUCGUCGAUGUCGGAGGCGAGAUCUUGUGUGUAUCGCAGUUCACGCUGUACGGCCAAGUGAUCAAAGGCAGCAAACCAGACUUCCACCUCUCGAUGAAGUCGGAAACCUCCAAGCAAAUGUAUCACGACUUCCUGGAUCGUCUCAAGAAGGCGUAUAAUCCAGAUCGCAUCAAAGACGGAGAAUUCGGUGCAAUGAUGAUAGUUAAUAUCGCGAACGACGGUCCAGUGACCCUUGAGUUGGACUCCCGCAAGUUCGAAUACCUCCCUCUGACGAACCAGUUCUCAGCCGCAGUAGCCAAGGCAGCCAAGGCGACAAAGGCUGCGGCGCAGGACAAUCCGUCCACAGCAUCGGGAAAUGCACAAAGCCCGGGAAAGCAAGUCAGGAACAGGGAGAAGAACCAACAGAAGCAAUUGGAGGGUCAGCAAGAGAAGCAGAAGGGAAACCAGGCGAAGGAUACCGAAGAUGAGGGGAUAUCGAACAGUUCUGCAGCUGCAGACAAAAUUAUGGUGGAGAGCGCAGAGGGCAAAGUGGCCAACAUGUCCCUGUCUGAUAAGUAA